AUGCCAUGCAUCACUCUUCGCGCGCCGGCCCUAUCGGCCCGGCCGCAAUGCCCCGCGCCCCUGCGGCGCGCGCCCCUUCGCGUGAUGGCCGGCCCGCCGCCGUUCACGCGCACGGAGGCCCCUCCCGCGUCGCCUCGGGCCGCGUCGCCGCUGGCGUCAGUUUCGGUCGCGUCCCUGGCGUCGUUGGAGGAAGAGGAGGCGCAAUCCAAUGAGGCCGCGCAGCUGGAGCUGCAGCUCCGCGCCAACGCCGCGCUGGCCGACGCCCUGGGCGACGCGCGGCCCGCGGCGGCGGGCGCGGGGGAGGCGCGCGGGCGGCAGGUGCAGCGCGCGCCGAGCGGGCCGCUGGCAGGCAUACUGGAGAAGCUGCCCUUCAAACUAGACGGCCGCAUGCGGGGCCUCAUCCUGCUGAACAUCAUGACCCUCAUCAUGUCAUCCAAUUGGAUGGUGGUCAAGACGGCCAACGAGGCCACCAUGACUGACACCACGAUUUUCAUGUCGCUGCGCUUCGCGCUGGCGGCCGCCGUGUUUGCGCCCUUCUUCAAGCCGGACGCACGCGUGUUCAAGGCGGGCGUGCAAGUGGGGGUGUGGUACGCGGCCGGCUACAUCGCGCAGUCGCUGGCGCUCGCCGGCACGUCCGCAUCCCGCGCGUCCCUGCUGUCCACGUUCACGGUGCUCGCUGUGCCCGUAAUCGGCGCGUUCAACGGGCAGCACAUUCGCCCCAUCGUCUGGGCCUGCGCGGCGGCGGCGCUCGUCGGGACGGGCAUGCUGGAGGAGGGCAGCAGCCUGGGCGGCCCCAACGUCGGCGACGCCUGGGCCGUCGCCAGCGCCGUCUUCUUCGCCUUCCAGAUAUUCUUCGCCGAGCGCAACAUGCGGCGGCUGCCGCCCAAGAGCGAGCUGCCCCUGAUGGCCGUGGCCAUGUUCACCGUCGCCACGCUCUCGGCCGGCGCCGCCGCGGUCAUGCACUUCCGCGCGGGCGACUUCGGGGCCGUCGCGGCCGGGCUGAAGGAGCUGCUGCACGACUGGCAGGCGGCGCUGCCGGCGGCGCUGGGUGGCGGCGCGGCGGUGCCGGCGGCGGAGGCGGCGGAGGCGGUGCGGACGGCGCAGCAGCUGUUCUACACGGCACUGUUCAGCACCAACCUGGUGCUGCUGAUCGAGCUCUUUGCGCUGCAGGAUGUGUCGUCCACGGACGCGGCGAUGAUCUACUCGCUCGAGCCUGUGCUGGGCGCCCUCAUGGCCUAUGCGUUCCUUGGGGAGCGCUGGGGCGCCUGGGGCUGGGCCGGCGGCGGCGUGAUCCUGGCCGCGAGCCUGCUGACGCAAUUCGCGGGCGCGGUCGAGAGCGGCAGCGACAGCGACGGCGGCGGUCGCGCGAACGGCAACGGCGACGGGAAGCGGGACUGA